AAUACCAUUUGUUAGUGAGAAGCUACCCCAAUUCCUCAGUUUCUUUAGCUGUUACAUAGAAAUAAUUACAGCAUUUACCAUGCAUGGUUAUUGUAUUAGUGAGUAUAUGGAAAUGGCUUAGAACAACUAAAAACUGUUCAUUCUUGUAAUUUUCCACUCAGGAAAUUAUUGUAAUGAUUAAAGAAACAGUAGGCAAAUCCAUAGCACAAUGCCUGGCACACAGUACAUUAACAAUAUGUUCUGGCUUUUGAUUUAUCAUCUAUAUUAAACACAGCAGGUCAAAAAAAAGGCAAAUGGAAUGAGUAAAAUAUUGUGUUUUAAAGGUGGGAAUUUAGUGAAACAUACUCAACUUUGUGUUAGUAGUUGGCAUUACUUCAGGAUAUCUUAUUAUCAAGCCCAAUAUAGUAGUAGGGUCAAAAAUAUAAAAGGUCAAUAGUGGUAUGAUUGAUAGAUUUUAUUAGUUUCAGUGAUGACAAUAAUAGUGGUAACAACUUCAAGCUUUGGAAUGUUAUAAAAUGUUUUCAAACAUAGUACCUCAUCAGGACUUCAUGUUAACUCCAGGUGCUAGCUAGCGAUCUAAUUGCUAUUUAAGAUUCCCAGAUUGUUAUCAGCUCUGCUACAUACAGCGAUUUAGUCCUUUACCUCAUAGGGUCUUCAAAACGUUGCUCCUUUGUGAGGCAAAUUGGCUGUCCUCCCCCACGAAAUGAGUACAGUAAGUAGAAUCGGGACUUGUGGAAUCAUCUUCCUCUCUCAUAAGUGAAGCAACAUCAGAGUGGGACAGCAUCUCAGCUGUUCCAAGUUCCUCAAAUGAGUUUUACUUUUGCAAAACCAACCCUGCACUUCCUAUAUUCUGUGAGCUGCGUUAUGAGCACCAUGACCGGCAGCCACGCUUGUUGUAAUUUUUUAAAUAUGUGGAAAAAGAGCAAGAUAUCGACCAUGUAUUACCUUAACCAAGAUGCCAAAUUAUCUAACUUGUUUCUCCAGGCAAGCAGCCCAACCACAGGGACAGCUCCCAGAAGCCAGUCGAGGUUGUCUGUCUGUCCGUCUACUCAGGACAUCUGCAGAUCUGCCAUCUUGCAUGACAUGUCUGAAGAUGCAUUUGAGCACUGCACCCCUGUCAUGGUGCUGAGCCCUGCUAGGAAGGAGUCUGGUAGGGAAUCAGUCAAACAGAAGCCUAGGAGGAGAAGGAGAGCCUCUGAGAGAUACGAGCAUGCAGAAGAACACAGAAGAGGGAGAAGAAGUGAUUUUAACCUGCAGAUCUCAAGCCCCAGGUGGAGGGAGCUUUACACCGAUGCGACGGAUUCUUCUUCCAGCGAUGAGAGUCACUGGAUGCAGGCAAAAAGGAGAGCCCAGGUGAAGUUCCGACUGUCACGAAGAAGGAGGCGAACCAGUAACAAACCAUGUGGAAACCUGGAUGCCUCAUCCUCUCCUCAUCAAGUGGAGCUGGUUGACUUGGGAUCCAAAAGUAAAAGACAACCAGAGCUGAGAGAAUGCGAGAACUGCUCUUUAAAUCUCCGGAGAGGCAAAGUUGUCAGGUACCAGGAAUGCGGUCGUGCCCUGGCCGGGGGACCCUGUGAGAUGAAGAGAUCCUCACAGACCCACGAAGAGAGCAAAGGGAGAUCCCUCCACAGAGACCUGCGGCUCUUGCCUGGUCUUAGGCGAAACGAAACAACCAAGAAAAGAUGUCCAGAAACAGAGCCUAGUGCUGAAAUACUGGCAGUGGCAGAAGGUGGCAAGUGUGUGGGUGACAGAGGGCUCCCGGUGCACCACUCUCUUCACAAGCCUCCUGCGACCGGUGAUGAUGGGGCUGGUAAUUUAGAAGUGUGCAGGAUCUGUCACUGCGAAGGGGAUGAGGAGAGCCCACUCAUCACGCCGUGCCGCUGCACGGGGACCCUGCGCUUCGUGCACCAGUCCUGCCUCCACCAGUGGAUCAAGAGCUCAGACACGCGCUGCUGUGAGCUCUGCAAGUACGACUUCAUAAUGGAGACGAAGCUCAAACCCCUGCGCAAGUGGGAGAAACUGCAGAUGACCACGAGUGAGAGGAGGAAAAUAUUCUGCUCUGUGACGUUCCACGUCAUCGCCAUCACCUGUGUGGUGUGGUCCUUGUAUGUGCUCAUAGACCGCACGGCGGAGGAAAUCAAACAAGGCAAUGACAAUGGUGUCCUUGAAUGGCCAUUUUGGACAAAACUGGUUGUCGUGGCCAUCGGCUUCACGGGAGGCCUCGUCUUCAUGUACGUCCAGUGUAAAGUCUACGUUCAGUUGUGGCGCAGGCUGAAGGCUUACAACCGGGUGAUCUUUGUGCAGAACUGCCCAGACACUGCCAAAAAGCUGGAGAAGAACUUUUCAUGUAAUGUAAACACGGACAUCAAGGACGCUGUGGCAGUGCCUGUGUCACAAACGGGGACAAACGCACUGCCAUCUGCAGAGGGCGGCCCCCCCGAAGUUAUACCAGUCUGACAGAAUGACCGGCCCGGAGUUUCUUACUGCAGGAUCUCUCUCUAGCCCCCAGCCACUACAAGUGACAGAACUGAUCCUGAAUUAUUCACUCCAUUUAUCUCCUCUAUUCAGAGACUGAUUUUUCCUUCUUUGCUCAAAAAGGUAAAGGAGAAAACAUAACCGAUGAUCAGGAUCUCAUGAAGCAGAGCCUAGAAGUGUAAGGAACGUGACAAGUGUGCUAGAGAGUGACUUCCAAGACAAUUAAGAACCAACCACUGGUGCAAGAAUGCUUUUAGGCAGAGGUCAAGGAUUAAACGGACACAGACACUCUUCACAGUAGCAGGGGACAAGUUCAACAAUACAGACUUGAAUUGAUGUGUUUUUCUUCUAGGGCCUUGGAAUGUUAACUGUCCUAUUUGGAAAUAACAUUUCAUUUUAUACCUGAAAUUGUCUGCAUUAUUCCUCAGUCACAUUGGAGGCAAAGUUGGAGGAUGCAUAUUUUGAUUUCUUUUGACAGCUAAUGAUUUUAGGGCUGUUGUCAAGUCUGGUUAUUUCUGACAAAUGCAUGAUUUUAAAAUAGAUAGAAUACACAUCUGAAGAUAUUAACACUUUGAUUUUCAGGUAAUUUGGGGGUUUAACAGUUAAAUACCCACAGAAGUUGAAAUCAACUACCAGGUAGGUCCUUUAUUUUAAAUAAUGUGGUCCCUCUAAUACAGUGCUAUACAGAAAUAUAAGGCAAAUGCAGGUCAUAAUUAUGAGUUUUAAUUUCUUAGUAGCCCCAUUAUUUAAAAAAAAACUGUUUUUGUUUAACACUAUGUUACUUUAACAUAAAAAGUUCUAGUCAUGUCUUCAAGAUCUUAUGGUACAUCUCAAUUUGGAUAGCAUAGCCCUAAAAUUAGAUACUGAGCCUCUGCUUAAUAAAUAUUUCAGCAAAACAUUUUAUUCCAAAUUCUCACAAAUGAUCUUACAAAGCACUGAGAAAAAAAAUCUUACUUGAAGAAUUAUUUCUCUAGAGGGUAAGAAAGAAUUUAACCAAUCUGUGAAAUUGUUUGCUUCAUUGAAGCCCUACUGAUAGGGAAAUAUUUUUGGUACACACUUGUGUUAAUAAGGGUUCUUUAAUCCAUAUAAGGUGUCAAGUUGACAGAAGAACAAGAACCUAGACCCCAUGUUAAAAAGCUGACAGUUCUUCUCUUGUAAGUAACAAAUUGAGUUAUUUAGGUUUCACGGUUAUUGUGUUCUUUGCAUAGUCAUGUAAAUUGAAGUGUGAAUGAUCUUGUGAGCUCUAUUAAUUAUAGAUAAUGACUUGUCAAAGAUAUCCUACACUUGAAAAGGUGAUUUGUUUCUGUUAGCGGUCAUAUUUAUUAUUGUGACAAGGCACGGAUGGCCGUAAGCACCAAAGCAUGGGUAUGGCGUGGGUGCACUUUGUAACUACCAGUGUGAUUGUUAUUCAGAUGAUCAUACAAAAAGGGGAAUAAAACCUGUCAAUGAGAAAGAUGGUGGGUAUGAAUCAGUGGCUGACAAUGAGUCCAAUAGUCCCAAUUUCUAGAAAUAAAAAGGUAAAUGUCAA